AUGGUAGGGAAACAUCAGACGGGUCUGUGUGAGGUGUGUCAGGAAGAGGAAUCAGUGGAGCAUAGAAAAAAAAAAUACAUGGAAAUCACUAACUUUCUAAAAUUUGUUUUUGCACCAGCAAUCAGAAAUGGACUCCUGAUAGUCACUAUGGUCUUUCUGGCUGGGAAAUUGUCAUUUUGUGUGACACAUGUGAUUGAUCACUGUUUUUGUGAGCACAUGGCAUUGGUUCAGUUAGCAUGUGGUGAUAUAUCAAUUAAUAAUAUUGUAGGACUUUUGUCUGCUUUCCUUAUAGUAGCAGCAGAUUUUGUUCUUGUUACUGUUUCUUAUGUUGUGAUUUUUACCUCUGUGUUGAAAUCAGGUAAAGCUCACGUGAAGGCCUUAAACACCUGCAUUACUCACUUAAUUAUCCUGUCAAUUAGUUUGAUAUCUGCUUUGAUUGCAUUUUUGUCAUACAGAAUAAAAAAUAACAUUUCUUCCAAUAAUCGUAUAUUUAUAAGUAUCAUAUACUCAUUUUUUCCUAGUUGUUUUAACCCAAUAAUCUACGGAUGGAGAACAAAAGAACUAAGACAAACAUUUCUGAAAUUUAUAAGCAAUUCAAAGGUCUUUGCUUUAAAAAAAUGAAUGGAUCAUGUUUGAAAAUGUUCUUAAUAAAAAAGAGCCAUUGUUUGAGGGAUUAAAGAUGUAUGAUACUGUAUCUUAUAGAAAAAUGCAUAGUAUAUUUAGAGAUUUAAAAAAAAUGCAAUUAAUGUAUUUAUAGAUACAUCAAAAUAAUUAAAAUAAUUAAAAUAACUAUACACAGAUGCAAAAAUAUGAGUGUAAUUUGUACCCUGACAUUAGUAAAGUACUGGUUGUUUUGUUUGUUUGCUUGCAUUUAUAUUAUCACCUAAUUCACUAAUAUCUGUCAGGCAAUUUUCUGAGUAAUAUUCCAUUGAAAUCACUUAUUGCACCUUUAAUGAUUAAACAAAACUUGAUAUUGCAUUGCAGAUGAAAAGCAUGUCUACUGUUGUCUGUUGCUUAUUUUUUUAUGGAAUGGUGUACUGUAAUAUCAACUUCACAGGCUCUGUAAACCCCGCUGACAGUUUCCUUCGUUUUUAAAAUGUGUCCCCUUCAUUUCAGAGGCAUGAGACUCUGUGACUUUUCCUAAAUAAUCUAUCUAAACAUGCACAAAAAAAUCUGGGCUUGAUUGUUGAUUGUUCUAAAGGUGUGUAAAAAAAAAAAAAAAAAAAAAAAAAAAAAAAAAAAUCACCAUUAAAGUCCCUCAGGGUCAGAUUGACCCCACAUUGAAAAUGAAUGGGGAAAUUAAAAAAUUUACAUUUUUUUUCAUUUUAUUUGUCAAAUAAAUAAAUAAAUAAAUAAGAAAAUUUGGUCUGGUCCUAGCCAAAAUCUGGUCCUAGCCAUAAACACAAAGUGGAACAAACUUUCUAUCUCAUACACACACACACACACACACACAUACACAAACACACACAUGUGUGUGACUGCAACAGAGAGCAUUUUUAUAGAAAUUGGCAAACAACAAAACUGGUCUAAAUCUGAACAUUUUUAAAUGUAAAUAAAGGUCCAGUCAUUGACCAUAAACACAAGGUGGAACGAACGCUCUAUCUCAUACACGCACACACAU